CUUCAGUUUUGGUUUGACACGACACCGGCAGCUCUGUUUUCAUCUUUGGAUUGAAGGAGUUUUAUUUGGUAAAAUGUCUGAAGCUUUGUUGCAGUGGUGUGUGGACCAGCUACACCACAAGUUCGGGCUGGAGGCUUGUGAAGACAUCGUCCAAUACAUUCUGUCCAUUGAAAAAGCUGAAGAGAUCGAGGAGUAUGUUGGAGACCUCCUGCAGGGCACAGAUGGGAGAAAAAGGCACUUUAUAGAUGAGCUUGUGAGCAGAUGGAAGAAGACUCAAAAACAGGCCUCAGACACCCCAGGGCUUUAUGUUCUCAAGGAAUCCGUUACAUCAGCAGAUUCACCAGACAUGACCAAAGAUACCCAGAAGAAGUCGAAACGUAAGGGCCGAAACAAGCAGGAGGUGUUGACUGUGAGCCAAUCAGAGCCUGAGCCAGAAGCAGUUAAAACCCCCAUAGAUCUGAUGAGGGCUCAAGAGAGCAGUAGUUCUUCUUCAACAAAGAAGAAAACCAAGUUUGUCAAUCUGUACAACAAGGAGGGACAGGACAGGCUGGCUGUCUUACUCCCAGGCCGAAAUGCUUGUGAGUGCCUCGCCCAAAAGCACAAAUUGAUCAACAACUGCAUCAGCUGUGGUCGCAUUGUGUGCGAGCAAGAAGGCUCAGGGCCCUGCCUCUUCUGUGGAAGCUUGGUCUGCACAAAAGAGGAGCAAGAAAUCCUUCAACGGGACUCCAACAAAAGCCAGAAACUCAGAAAGAAGCUUAUGGGAGAUGCUGGAGAAAGAGAUUAUCUCCCACACCAAGAGGCCUUAAUGAAAGCUGGCUUGGAGAAAGCUGUUCAACACAAAGACAAACUGCUGGAAUACGACAGGAACAGUGUGAAGAGAACUCAGGUUCUGGAUGAUGAGGCGGACUACUUUGCCACUAAUUCCAAUCAGUGGUUGUCACCCGGUGAGCGAGAAAAGCUGAAGAAAAAGGAAGAAGAGCUGAGAGAGCUUCGCCAUGCAUCUCGUAAGGACAGGAAGAUCACACUGGACUUCGCGGGCAGACAAGUAAUCGAUGAAGGAAACAACCUUGAUGAAUACUACAACAAGUUGGAUGAGACCCUCAAAGCCAUGAACAAUGAGCCCAUGAUGAAGUCAUCAACGUACUCUGAAAGAAAAGGUGGAAAACAGACUCUUGGAGAGCUGGUCAACCCCAACAUCAUGCAGGCUGCACCAGAGUGGGUGGAUGUCGGAGGCCGUGAAAACAAGAGAAACUUGGAGCAGACGAAGAGCUUAGUGAAGGCCAAAGGAGCAGAAGAACGAUCCAAGCUGAGGCUUCAGGAUAAAGAGCUGCAGGAGAUGUCUGAUGGAGGCUGGUGCCUCAGCAUGCACCAACCAUGGGCCUCACUGCUGGUCAAAGGCAUCAAGAGGGUAGAAGGCAGAACUUGGUACACAUCUCAUCGAGGUCGUCUUUGGAUUGCUGCUGCAGCCAAGAAGCCCACUCCUCAGGAGAUCGCAGAGGUGGAAUCAAUGUACCGCCACAUCUACCCAAGAGAGCCCAGAUUUCCCAAAGAUUACCCCACUGGCUGCCUUUUGGGCUGUGUCAACAUCACUGACUGCCUGUCCCAGGAGCAGUUUAGCGAACAGUUUCCUGAUACCUGUGAGGAGUCUGCCUCCCCAUUCGUCUUCAUCUGCACCAACCCCCAAGAGCUGCUGGUGAAAUUCCCCAUGAAAGGCAGGCACAAGAUCUGGAAGCUGGAGAGUCACUACCACCAGGGUGCCAAGAAGGGGCUGGUCCCGUCAGCUGCAGAGUGAAGUCAGAGGGGGAAAAAAUGUGUCUAAUCCCAAAGGAAACAUGGAAAAUAUGUUGUCACAUUUUUCACUGGGUCAUUGCAACAUUUUGUUAGAGAUGGUAAUGUUGAGUUAUCUUUUUCAACUCUUCAGCUCUCAAAUUGGUCAUGUGGAAUAUUGGCAGUUUUGGGCUAUAAAAUAAUUUGUCAUUGAUUAUAUCCUAGUUCUCUACUUUAUGUUAAAAAAUAAACUGUUCUAAUGACAA